AUAUGUGAGUAUGGCGGUAUAUAAAUAAGACUGUAUGUAAGAAUGUAUGUGUUUAAGUAUGUGUUUAAGUAUGUGUUUAAGUAUGUGUUUAAGUAUGUGUUUAAGUACAGUCUCUUGUAAAACAUACCUUUACCAUACCUUCAUCACACCACCAUUUCAAAACUCGUCAACAGACAUACACACUCAAGUCAUGAACACAUUGUCCAGUUUUGCUCGUAAGUCUUUGGUGUGUCAAUAGUUUGAUAACAAGGUGACCCAGUGAAACUACAAUGUGCACGUUGUCAGACACACGAGACUGGCGACAGGUGGUUUCACGGCAACAUCACAAUAAUUGUAAAACGAUUCAGGUAGACAAAGCUUGAACUUUGAGCAGACGUGAGCCAGGUCAUUUCAACAUUCUAUCCGAGAAUGUGUAAUUUCAACAUGUCCGCUUAUCAUAUAUCUCAACAUUAUGUCCAACAAUGUGUAAUUUCAACAUGUCAGUAAAUCAUACAUUUCAACAUAUUGUCCGAGAAUGUACAAUUUUAACAUAAAUUUUGCGAAUACAUAGAAGCUUAUUUUUGAAAUGCCUGCAAAUUAUACAUUUCAACAUAUUGUCCAAGAAUUGAACAUAUGUCUGCAAACGAAUAGAUUUCUAAUUAUUAUAUGAGAAUGCCUAAUGUCUACAUAUGGUCGAUAAUCAUAUAUGUAACUGCAGGCGCGUAAUUGUAAUGGACUUGUUUGAAAUACGGCAGGAAUGUUUCUACACGCUAUACGCCAUAAAUUUAAUGGACUUGUUGCUGUCUAAAUGUAGGAGGAAGUGUCACGUGAUAGGCAUCAACUUGACCAACCAACUAGACAUCGGGAGUAUGAGUGCACAGAUGACCAUCCAGGAUUAGCCCGCCUCUCCCUCCCCUUGUUGUACUGGCAUGUUACGUCAUCAGUCCUCGUCUUGUUGGCGUCUAUAAUUAAUUCCCUUGACGUGUCUCUGCUAAUAUCAACAUAGAUCUACACACAUAUAUAGAUCUACACACAUAUAUAGCUAGAUACAGAUUAACAGAGAGACGCAAAAAGAUCACACACUUGCAGACGAAGGACCCACUUAACAAGCAUCCUUAAUCUCCACGGGAUUUCCCUUAUACAAAAGUUUGAAAAUAAGGAUACUUCAUUUAAUGCUGAAUAAGUUCAAUCGGUAAUACAAUGUAUUAAAAAUAGUUUUUCUACUAACAAUGAGUAAUACUGGCUCUAUUUAACAAUGGGCUGCCCGCUUUGAAAUGUUAGAAUUACACUUCGUGUUCCAGCUAUUAUCUAAACAUCAGAUGGAGAAAGAUCAUUACAGUGAUUCGUGCUGCAGGAUUAAAUAUGUAAAGCUUAUAGACCUUGAAGUGAGAUGAUUACGCGAUAUAUAGGUCAGGCACGAACGUAGAGAAUAUCUUUGAGAAUCUGAAUCAUCCAGCUCUCAACUCUCUUUUUCUGGAGAAGCUUUAGUAGCUCAUAAAUAUCGAUAUAGGAGCUAGGCAAUCUGAACAGCUCUGACAUCGAUUUGAGAUACAAUUUCUUUAUUGGACACUAGCUCGUGGUACCAGAGGUAUUUUCUGCAUUUGAAGAGCGCGUUAUUCUAACUGGACAUUACUAACUGUUCUAAUAGUCUCUACUCUAAACUGAAGGCCUUGUCGUGGUGUGCUGCUGGCUCCAUCAUGCAGAAGUUUUCUGUAAACACUGUGCAGCCUGGCGUCAAGAACUACAAGUGUGUAGUGGUGGGGGACGGAGCGGUGGGGAAGACGAGCAUGUUACUCCGUUUCGUCCAUGGAGAUUUCCUGACAGUGUACUCACCUACACAUUACGACAGUUUCAAAGUUUCGGUGGCACUGGGCAGUGAGUGGACACCUUGUUGUCUGACUUUAGUGGACACUGCUGGUCAGGAAACUUACGACAGACUACGAACUUUGACCUACGCUGAAACCGAUGUUUUCAUCUUGUGUUUCUCUGUGGCAGAACCAGACUCUUUCAUCAACGUCAAGUCACGAUGGGUGCCGGAACUCAGAGAGUACCAGCCCAAGUGCCCCAUCAUCCUUGUGGGCACCCAGAAAGAUCUCAGGGACAACGAGGACCACGAAGCCCACAACCAGCAGGGCCUAUUCAUUUCUGAAAAAGAAGGCAAACGACUAGCCCGCAAGAUCAGGGCCAAGGUCUACGCUGAAUGCUCGGCCCUGACCGGGGAUGGAUUGGACAAUAUAUUCUACCAAGCGCUUAUGGCAGCCACAAGACCGAAGAGAAAUAACAAACUAUGGCACAGGGUUAAAGCGAUGCUUUCUGUGAAGUGAAUGAAACUGUUUGGGCGGAGUUUGAAUCUCAAAGACACUGACAUGGUCUAGCUUCGCGACAUGCGUUCCAAGCUGCGGUUCUCUGGGUGCAGUGUUUUAUCAAUAAUAAGAUCUCUACGCCAGAUGUAGAUUUAGCUCAUGCUUGCCUUGCAUGACAGGAGAAAGAACUCUUGCAGAUGAAUACUUUUUCAACUGAACAGAAACUCUUGUAGAUUCCAUGCAAGGGAUCGAGACAAAGACCCAUUUAAACCAUUCACAAAAAAGAUUUAUCUUCCUUGAUAGAUUCGAAAGCUGGGUCUUCAGGUUUUCUUUGUAUGACGUUGCAGACAUGCUUUAAACUGCGCAGGCUGAUAAGGGGCGUAACUAGUAUUUGUCUAAUGACAAAACUACGUUUUGCUGAAUUAACCCCCUUUUUUUAAGAACCUAAAAAGAAUAAAUAUAAUAACCAAGGAAGGUUUGGGAGAAUACAUGCACGUUAACCUUGAUUGCCAAGUAAAUAUAGAUCUAAAUCUUUGCUGAACAUAUCUCAAGAUUUUAAUUCAGAAUUGACUGAAAAAUUUUAUGUAAAGACUGCCAAGAGAUUACAUUAAAAUGUAACAAAAAGAAAAUUGAAAUAGAAAUAUAGAUUAAAGAUACCAUAUAACACAUAGGUCACUUUAUAGUGUCUGAUCAGCUCAAAGCUUAUGUCAACAUACUUUAUAGUGUCUGAUCAGCUCAAAGCUUAUGUCAACAUACUUUAUAGUGUCUGAUCAGCUCAAAGCUUAUGUCAACAUACUUUAUAUCUGGAAACUAUCUCGACAACUUAAUUACAAAGGAAGUUAUUCAUAUUUAUUCCGACUUUAAGACAUUGCUCAGAGUUGAGCUGCACACACUUCUAUAACUUCAAAACCUAAAGCAGCUGAUGGAUCAGGAGGAGUUUCUCCGUACAAUCUGAUAAGCCACUUCUGAUUGAAGGUGAAUGUAGUCGAUAACAUAAAAAAAAGAGGGAAGCAUCACAGGUGGUUUCUAUAAUGUGCACUUUGAUGAGAUGGAUGACUGGUCAUGUGAUCUAUGUCUGGUCAUGUGAUCUAUGUUCCCAAACAGGAAGGAACUUCUCAAAGAUGUUGAAUCUUCCCUUUUAAAGGAAUGUUCGUAUUUCUAAAACGUAAAAAAAUGGCUUCAUCAUUUUAGUCUACAUUUGUAUUUAAUACAUUUACAUUUGUUUGUCUACUGUCUAUGUAUAUUUCAAAACUUUUGGUGCCAACUGGUUUUGUAUUCUAUAAAAUAACUGUAUUUAUCAAAAUGUGUCAAUACGUAUACAUAGAGGAUUCAUCAAUAUAUUCUUCAUGUUCAGAUUGGUGAUUUUCACGAUCAUGAUUCAGUUCUAAACAAUGUAAAAAAUUCUAUAUUUAAAAAAGCAUUUUUGUCAGCUGAAUACUUACAUUAGUUUGUGCUAACUUGGAAACCCGAUUCUACGGUGCUGAAAACUGCACAAAAAUAAAUCCUAAAUCUAAUGGGUGUCUGACUUACGUUGGGAAGCAGGGCGGACUGGCUAUAUGGGCAAACGGGCAAAUGCCCGGUGGGCCGGCACCGAAUGGGCCGGUCUGGUCGCGACCAAAUAUUUUUUUUUUCAAUGCACACACACUCAAACAGAAAAAAAUCCCCCCACCAAAAAAUCCUGGCUAAGCCCAAGGCACACGAUAUGACAUACCAUUGUGGGCCGGUUUAUAUGGUAAUGCCCGGGCCGAUUUUGAUACCCACCCAGUCCGCCCCUGUUGGGAAGGUAAAAUCGUUGUGCUGGUCACACGACACCUUCGUUCGAAACAGAAGAGCUUUACAUCAUCUGCCCCCCCCCCCCCCCCCAUAGAACACAAGGUCUGAAAUUGUUACCUUUUUUAAAAUGCAUGUUUUAUCAACAUAGUCCUAUAUUGGUUACACAAGAAACACCAAAUACCCAGUUAUUUAUGCUUAUUCCUCUGCAGAUGAAAUGUCUAAAAGUGACACAAUUAAUUUUUUUUUAAAGUUCAAGGACGUAUGUAACAACCUAUAAAAAUCUUUAGUGUAAAAGUGUUUCCCAAGGCCUGAAUAGGUGUUCCACGAACUACGGAAAUAAUUAACUAUUAGGCCACCACUCUAAAAAAUUAGCAGGUUGUUCCGCUAAAUACUCAGAAUGUGCAAAGUUUUCCUUGGAGAACAAAGUUUUAAAAACACUGGUGUAAAGCCAAAGAUUCAAUGUCUCUUCAGCCAAUAUACAGUUACGUUAGAACUAAAGUUAUAAUAUAACUAUAUGCACAAUGUCAUUUUGUUAUACUGAUUACUUCUAGCUUACUACUAUCGUUUAAUUGUUAUUACAUUCAUAUAAUAAGUGUAUUUGUUUUAAAACAUACAUUCAUGUAUCAUUUUUAUAUCCUAUCCAUUGACAUGAAUAUAUAAAGUGUUUCUGUAAAUAAAAUCUUGGUUUGUCAAUAACAAGUU